GCGAGGAGGAGGAUGAGAUCCAGGAGGUGCAGAUAACGGGGGACGAGGAGGAGGAGGACGGAGCCGAUGGGGGGCUGCUGCUGGACGAGGAGGAGGAGGAAGAGGAGAUGGGUCUGGAGUGGGACGGCGAGGAGGAGACGGAGCCGCUGCCGCCCGCCCCGGGCCGUACGCCGGGCGGCGGCAGCAGCGGCGUCGGGGCUGCCCCGGGGGGCGCCGCGGCGGCUGCCCCGGGGGGCGGCGGCGGCGGCGGACCCGGGGGGGCGGCGGAGGACGCGGAGCUGGAGGCGGCUCUGCUGCUGCAGCGGCCGGAGCGGGCGCGGCUGAGCGAGAACACGCGGCUGGCCACCCGCUACGCCGUGCGCAUCUUCCGCGAGUACCUGAGCGAGAAGGCGCAGAGCCCCGACUUCGAGACCAUGGACAAGGGGGCGCUCUGCCGGGUCCUGCGCUCCUUCUACGCCGAGGCGCGCUCCAAGAGCGGGCAGCUCUACUCCAAGUCCUCCCUCAUCAGCAUCCGCAGCUCCCUCAACCGCUACCUCAACGAGCCGCCCUACUGCCGCACCCUCGACCUCACCAAGGACCCCGAGCUGCGCGCCGCCAACCUCACCCUGGCCGCUGUCAUCCGCAAGCUGGAGGAGCAGGGCGCCGGGCCGGUGGUGCAGAAGCAGGCCAUCACCCGCGCCGACCUCCGCAAGCUCUACACGUGCAGCGUCUUCAGCACCCAGAGCCCCUUCGGGCUCCUCAACAAGGUCUGGUUUGAGACCUGCAUGUACUUCUGCACCCGCGGCCGGGAGAACCAGCGGGAGCUGGAGGAGGACUCGUUUGGGCUGGCCGUGGAUGAGGACGGACGCAAGUUCGUCUACUUCAAGGCGCUGGGGCCCUACCACAAGUCGCGCUCGUCCUCCUGGAGCAAGAAGCGGGCGGAGAGCAGCGACGAGGAGAACCUGCCUCGCAUGUAUGAGACUGGCACAGAGUUCUGCCCCUAUGCCAGCUUUGUCAAGUACCUCUCCAAGCGCAACCCCCUCUGCAAGGCCUUCUUCCAGCGCCCGCGGGACCACUGCAGCGAGGGGGACAUCACCUGGUACGAGAACAAGGCCAUCGGGAAGAACCUCCUGGGUACCCGCAUGCAGAUGCUCUCCAAGGCGGCCAAGCUCUCCAAGACCUACACCAACCACUGCAUCGGUGCCGUCUCCAUUGCCACCCUCAACAGUAUCGCUGGCAUUGGCACCAAGCUGGGAGGACUGCAGCCACCCCAGCACCACCACCCCCCUCCCCACCACCACCACCUCCUCCACCACCCCGCUGGCGGGGGCUGCUACACCCCUGCCGCCCUCAAUGGUGGGCCUCGGCCGCGGCCGCCCGCUGCCAACCCCUACGUGCUGCCCAAAGACGGGGACGCUGCGCCGGUGAAAGCAGAAGCGGCCGCAGUGGCCCCGGCCAAGCGGGCGCUCUACGAGGCCGUGUUCCCGGCAGGGGCUGCGGCCGGCGGCGAUGCCUGUGGGCCCUCUGCCUCCCCAAAAAGACUCUGCCGCCGCCCUGCCGAGCCCCUGGAUGCCGCUGCGCCCGCCGUGGUGGUGGUCUCAGUGAAACACGACCCCUUGCCUCACCUCCUCCCCGAAGCAAACGGGCACAGAAGCACCACCUCACCCACAGUAGUUUCACCUGCUAUUGUUACCCCCACACAGGACAGUCGGCCCAAUAUGUCAAGACCUCUGAUCACUAGAUCCCCUGCAUCUCCAUUGAACAAUCAAGGCAUCCCCACUCCAGCACAGCUCACAAAAUCCAACGCACCAGUUCACAUUGAUGUGGGUGGGCACAUGUAUACCAGCAGCCUGGCCACGCUUACAAAAUAUCCCGAUUCCAGAAUUGGCCGGCUUUUCGAUGGCACAGAGCCCAUUGUCCUCGACAGUCUCAAGCAGCAUUAUUUCAUCGACAGAGAUGGACAGAUGUUCAGAUAUAUCUUGAAUUUCUUAAGGACAUCAAAACUCCUCAUUCCUGAUGAUUUCAAGGACUACAGCUUGUUAUAUGAAGAAGCAAAGUAUUUCCAGCUUCAGCCCAUGCUAGGAGAGAUGGAACGGUGGAAACAGGACCGGGAGAGCGGCCGCUUCUCAAAGUCCUGCGAGUGCCUGGUGGUGCGAGUGGCCCCAGAUCUCGGCGAGAGGAUUACGCUGAGCGGAGAUAAGUCAUUGAUAGAGGAGGUGUUCCCGGAGAUCGGGGAUGUGAUGUGUAACUCUGUCAACGCCGGCUGGAACCACGACUCCACACACGUCAUCCGCUUCCCGCUGAACGGAUACUGCCACCUCAACUCAGUUCAGGUACUUGAGAGGUUACAGCAAAGAGGGUUUGAGAUUGUUGGCUCAUGUGGAGGUGGAGUGGACUCUUCCCAAUUCAGUGAAUACGUACUGAGACGAGAACUCAGAAGGACAUCUCGUGCACCCUCUGUCAUUCGAAUAAAGCAAGAGCCUCUGGACUAAAAUGGACAUGUUUCU